AUGCUGGGGCUGAGCGCCGUCGUCGCCAUAGCCGCUUCCGGUGCGGCCAUCUUCAUUGUCGUCUCGGUGGUUAGCAUUGUUGUUUGGGUCAGGUAUCGCAAAGAACGACAUGCAUUAGCCUUGCUCGGAUUUAAACAAAAGGAUGGACAAUAUGGCCGGGCAAUUCAAUCAUUUCCUAUUGAUACAAUGACCGAAUUAAGCCAGGCGGAAGGGAGUGUAUUAAGAGCACAUGGACAACUUCCCUAUGGAAAUCCAAGUGAAUGGGGACAAUUAACGUCACGAGAAAAUCUGCUUCGUCCGAAGCACAGUUCAGACUCUUCUUUUCCUCUCACAGAGAAAGCACGAUCUCUCCGCCAUUCCCUUUCCCGAUCUCGUUCCAAACGUCUAUCAAGAUCUUCUCACAAGAGAAUAAGUUCCCUAGCUACCUUGGGUGAAUCGACUUAUCUUCCUAGUCCGCCACCAAAGACUUCGAUAUCCAAAGACGACGUUCCACUGUCGGCAGUUGAAGGGGUUCUCGAGCUGCCUGCAGAGAGGACCCCCACCCAAACACCAGAUCCAAACGAAAAUGAUAAGGGAUUUCAUUUAGGCAUGCGACCUGUGUCACCUGAAUGGCCCCUCUCAGGUCAACGGGAGCGAUCAGCACUUUAUUCUGUAUCUGAUAAUCACCAUUCCUCGCGCGCUUCCGACGCACCAUCUAUGAUUUUCGAUGAGUCUCCUCGACGUCUGCGAGGGGUAAGCAUUGCCAGUCAGACAGCAGGCAUGAUGCCAGGACAUGCGAUUCCGCCUCCUCCUCCAACGGCUUUUCCCCUGGACAGAUUCAGUUACGCCCGAAACGAUUCUGUCGCGCGACUUUCUUCAAUGAGUCUCGAUACCACUAAUAGCUCGAUCCUUGAUGAUGGCCGGAAUGCUCCCAGGUCGGCUGAUACCGACUUCACAUCGCCCAUUUUCCCUUCAGGCGGCACCUUCGUUCCUUUCAGUGCUGCUGAUGUGGGGGUCAAGGAUGGUCGCAGGAGUUUUAUCGCCACUAAUACCUCCAUUCCUCCAAUGCAUAAUUUCCCCGUGCGCUCGUCCUCAACAAUCGAACCUCGCCAUAGAUCAACAUCCGUGUCACCUCGGCGCAGUAUGACUACUCGCCACUCUGGUGCUUCAAAUGAUAUGUUCAACAUGGCUCCACGUCGAACUGACUCCCUCUCUUCUUCGAAUCCACCAUCCAGACAUGCAUCCCUCCGUUCUGGGACUCCUAUUGGACGUGUGGGUUACCAAAAUCAAAACACAACCGACUGGCGAUUCUCUGGCUCUCAGAUGUCGUUUGUGCCUCAUUCCAGUCAAUUCCAAAAUAACACAGUCUACGAAGAUGAGGGAAUCGAGAAUGACCCCUUCUAUGUAGGCUCACCUGGGGGCGGGACUCUGUUCCACCCAGUUGGAUCUCCGGGUAGCGCAGCAAACAUCGCAAAGCCCCCAAGCCCAAUGCAACGUACCAGCCUGUCUUUGAAGGGUGUUCUUCCAUCUGCAUUAAAGGGUGGAAAUUCACAACGCAAGGGUCACCGACGUCAGAACUGCGUUCGUAUUUCUAUUCACCCACCUAUGACAUUUGGAUCAACGACAUUCGCGCCCACUGUUGAAGAAGAGCCCGAGGACUUUGACAAGAUGGAACAGCUGGAUCUCCGCGAGAGCUCAAUGAAUAGCUCAGCAAAGCCAUUGCCUUCAUUGCCCCCGAAUACGAUGUCUCCUCUGACAUCUUCCCGGCGCAGCAAGUAUGGCAGUCGAAAUGGCAAGCCGCCGGGGCUAAGUUCUCUAGGACCAUUGGUCGAGGAACCACAGCCCAUGUAUAACGACAGUCUUUCCAAGCCGAGAAAGCAUUCUCCAUCUGUCUCCGCGUCCAACAACUCCUCAGUCGAAAAUGACCGCUCUCUUCCCGAACUCUUCACCUCUCUCCCUCCCUCCAGCGGCAGCUGCCUCUCGCACACACCCUCUCCUGAGCGAGUACCAUCAGUGUGGGAGCUUCCUGAAGCCCCAUCACCAUCCUACGAGAGCACUAUCGGCACCGGCAGUCCACGUCGAUCUGCAGUCAAGGGACCACGCAUCCAACCACAGAUCCUAGCAGCCCGAAGCCAAUCUACCCGCGUGUCCUCGACGUCGUCCGAUAAUCUACUCAACAGUCCCCUCGGCUCACCUAACCGUCUCCCUCUCGUUAUGAGCAUCACUGGAACUGAAGGCAGCGACUGGCGCAGAUCAACAGACUCACUUCAACGCACAAAGACGGAUGCCAUGGACCGUUCAUUCCGCCGAAACCGUGAUUCGAUCUCUAGUCUGGACAACGGCCUCGGUCCUAUAGGACCCUCUUCUGGAAGCUACCGCUCGUCGAUGGUGCGAGAUCGUGUCACUAUCUUCGAGGAUGCUGAUCGGACCUCCCCGACCAAACCCACUGUGCUGCCACCGGUUGGCACAUUUACCACUCCUGAAUCCUCACCCACCCGUGGUAAAAACAGCGUGCCUCGCUCUCUGCCAGGCAAUCAGUUUUUUCCGACUCACAUGUCUGCCCACCAAGGCCCUCCCACUCCCACUUCCCCUCGACGGGGCAUGGCUACUCCAAUCAACAAGAGCCUAGGGCUGGGAAUUGGAACUGCCACACCUGGGAGUCUUUACGAUGGUGAUGGGUUCCUGCGAGAAUAA